GUCAACAUAAAAACAACAAAUAUAAAAAUUUUUUUCCACACAAAUUAGUCAACGCGCAACAAAUCAACAAGUGAUAGACCAAAAAAGAAAAUGUCGGCCGACGAACAGAAAACAUAUACGCGUGCCGAGGUGGCUAAACACAAUUCAAAUAAGGACACCUGGCUACUCAUACACAAUAAUAUUUACGAUGUGACGGAAUUUCUGAAUGAGCAUCCCGGCGGUGAGGAAGUACUGAUCGAACAGGCUGGCAAAGAUGCCACCGAGAAUUUUGAGGAUGUUGGCCAUAGCAACGAUGCCCGCGAAAUGAUGCGUAAAUACAAAAUUGGAGAACUUGUCGAAAGCGAAAGGACUAAUGUGGCCCAAAAGUCAGAGCCCACCUGGAGUACAGAUAAUCAGUCAGAGGAGAGUUCAAUUAAAUCGUGGGUCCUGCCCUUGGUUCUAUGUCUGGUGGCUACGCUCUUCUAUAAAUAUUUCUUUGGCCAGGCCAAGUAGGAGGAAGCAAAUGAGUGAAGAAGAAGGAAAUGGAUGCGAUGUUUUUUUUAUAUAUACAAAUUUGUAGUAAAUUUUUUGUUAAUGUGCUAAGUUGAUAAUGUUCGAACAAUCACAAAACACACACACAGAGAAUGUUUGUGUGUAAUAAUGUAAUUGGCAUUUCUAUUUUCCAUUUUUUACAAAAUAA